GCUGCGGAGAGCAAACAGCCUCCCCUGCAGGGUCCUGGAAACAGCUCCAGCGGCUAAGCCCGCCCGCCGGCCGCCGGCCCGCCGCCCUCCUCCUCCUCCUCCUCCUCCUCCUCUCCUUCCUGCCGGCCGCGCCGAGCCGCACAGUCCUCUGCGGUUCUCUCUCGUCCCCCUCCCAGAGGCGGCCCCCGAGGCAGCCAGAAUGAGGCGGCUCUUCUCGCUGCUCCUCCAGGGCUGGUGGCUCUGCAGCUGGGCGGCCGCUCAGGACCUCUCGCAGAAAGCCGUCGCCUUCCAAGACUGCCCCGUGGACCUCUUCUUCGUCCUGGACACGUCGGAAAGCGUGGCGCUGCGGCUGAAGCCCUACGGGAGCCUCGUGGACCAGGUGAAGGACUUCACCAACCAGUUCAUUGACAAUUUGGUGGACAGGUACUACCGAUGUGACCGGAAUCUGGUGUGGAACGCCGGAGCGCUCCACUACAGCGAUACCGUGGAGGUUAUCCAAGAGCUGAGGUCCAUGCCCAGUGAGCGGGACAGCCUGAAGGCCAAAGUGAGGGGGGUGAAGUACAUUGGCAAGGGCACCCACACCGACUGUGCCAUCAAGCAGGGGAUCGAGGAGCUGCUCAUUGGGGGGUCCCACCUGAAGGAGAACAAGUACCUGAUUGUGGUGACCGACGGCCACCCCCUGGAGGGCUACAAGGAGCCCUGCGGCGGCCUGGAAGACGCCGUCAAUGAGGCCAAGCACCUGGGCAUCAAGGUCUUCUCGGUGGCCAUCACCCCGGAUCACCUGGAGCCCCGGCUGAGCAUCAUCGCCACAGACCACACGUACCGGCGGAACUUCACGGCGGCCGACUGGGAUCUGAGCCGCGACUCCACCGAGCUGAUCAAGGAGACCAUCGACACCAUCAUCAAGAUGAUUAAAGACAACGUGGAACAAGUGUGCUGUUCCUUCGAGUGCCAGCCCGCCCGAGGACCUCCCGGACAGCGUGGGGACCCCGGCCACGAGGGAGAACGAGGAAAGCCGGGACUUCCUGGAGAAAAGGGGGAAGCUGGAGAGCCCGGAAGACAAGGCGAUCUCGGACCCGUGGGUUACCAAGGAAUGAAGGGAGAAAAAGGAACUCGGGGAGAAAAGGGCUCGAGAGGACCCAAGGGCUACAAGGGUGAAAAGGGCAAGCGCGGCAUCGACGGCAUCGACGGGCAGAAGGGUGAAGCCGGAUACCCCGGCCUGCCGGGCUGCAAGGGCUCCCCGGGAUUCGACGGAGCAGAAGGACCCCCCGGGCCCAAGGGAGACCCGGGUUCUUUUGGACCGAAAGGAGAAAAGGGCGCCCCCGGCGAGGACGGAGAGCCGGGAAGGCCAGGAAACACGGGGCUCCCAGGAGAGGAGGGUCAGCCAGGAGAGCCGGGCCCCGCCGGAGAGAAGGGCGAGCAAGGCGACGAGGGGAAUCCCGGACCCGACGGCCCCCCCGGAGAAAGGGGCGGCCCUGGAGAACGCGGCCCACGAGGAACCCCGGGCGUGCGCGGGCCGAGAGGCGACCCGGGCGAGCAGGGGCCGCAGGGUGACCAAGGCCGGGAAGGACCCGUCGGCGUCCCCGGAGACCCAGGCGAGGCCGGGCCCAUCGGACCAAAGGGCUACCGCGGAGACGAGGGCCCUCCAGGGACCGAGGGUCUCCAAGGACCUGCCGGCCUCACGGGUCCCCCCGGAGAUCCCGGUCUGAUGGGCGAGCGGGGCGAGGAUGGCCCCCCCGGGAAUGGGACAGAAGGCUUCCCAGGCUUUCCGGGAUAUCCAGGCAGCAGGGGCCCCCCCGGCAUCAACGGCAGUAAAGGCUAUCCCGGCGUCAAGGGGGACGAAGGAGAGGCUGGUGACCCUGGCGAGGACAACAAUGACAUUUCCCCACCCGGAAUUAAAGGAGCCAAAGGCUACAGAGGCCCGGAAGGCCCCGCGGGCCCCCCAGGACCCACAGGGCCUCCAGGACCAGAUGAAUGUGAAAUCCUGGACAUAAUCAUGAAAAUGUGCUCAUGCUGUGAAUGUAAGUGUGGCCCCAUCGACAUCCUCUUCGUGCUGGACAGUUCAGAAAGUAUCGGCCUUCAGAACUUCGAGAUCGCCAAGGACUUCAUCGUCAAGGUUAUCGACAGGCUGAGCAGAGAUGAGCUGGUCAAGUUUCAACCUGGCGAGUCCCAUGCGGGGGUGGUCCAGUACAGCCACAACCAAAUGCAGGAGCACGUGAGCUUGAGCGACAACAACAUCCAGAACGCCCACGACCUGAAAGAGGCAGUGAAGAAGCUCCAGUGGCUGGCCGGAGGCACCUUCACCGGGGAGGCCCUUCAGUACACCAGGAAUAACCUGCUGCCCCCCACCCAGAACGAGCGCAUCGCCCUCGUCAUCACGGACGGCCGGUCGGACACCGAGCGAGACACGACUCCUCUCACGGUGCUCUGCGGAGCAGACGUCGUGGUGUUCUCCCUGGGCAUCAAGGACCUGUUUGGGGGCAGCGCCAGCCCGGACCAGCUGAACGAGAUCUCGUGCCAAGGCCAGACGAGCUCCCCAGGGAAGAGGACGGGCAUCUCCCUGGUCAAGGAGAACUACGCGGAGCUCCUCGAUGACAACUUCCUGAAAAACAUCACCACCCAGAUCUGCAUCGACAAGAAGUGCCCGGACUACACCUGUCCAAUCCAGUUCACGUCUCCGACAGACAUCACGGUGCUCGUGGACAGCUCGGCCAGCGUGGGCAAGCACAACUUCGAGACCACCAAGCGCUUCGUGAAGCGUCUGGCCGAACGAUUCCUCACCGCCAAAAAGGCCGACCCCUCCCACAACGUCCGCUUCUCGGCGGUCCAGUACAGCGGCAAAGGCCAGCAGAGGCCGGAGAGCCACGCGCUGAACUUCCUGCAGAACUACACCGUGGUGGCCGGCCACAUCGACAGCAUGGCCUUCAUGAACGACGCCACGGACGUGAACGACGCCAUUCGCUACGUGACCGCCUUCUACCGGCGAUCCUCCUCGGACCGCGCCAAGAGGAAGGUGCUCCUUUUCUCUGACGGCAACUCGCAAGGCGUCACCGAGAGCGCCAUCGAGAAGGCCGUGCAGGAGGCCCAGAGAGCCGGCAUCGAGAUCUACGUGUUGGUGGUGGGCCGACAGGUCAACGAGCCCAACAUCCGCGUCCUCGUCACGGGGAAGAGCACCGAGUACGACGUGGCCUACGGCGAGCGCCACCUCUUCCGGGUGCCCGACUACCAGUCCCUCCUGCAGGGCGUCCUCUACCAGACGGUCUCCAGAAAGAUCUCCCUCGACUGAGGCGGAGGGGCGAGACCGUCCCUCCCGGAGAGCCUGCUGUCCAGUCUUCUCCCGCCCUGGUGCUCCCCCCACUGACCCGCACAGACAGGCGAGGACGUGGCCCGUCCUCUGCUCGGCUUCCCCGUGGACGGACCUGAGAGAAGCGAGAGCGCCACUGCCUUCUGCACGUCUCCUGCACCCUCUUCCGCCCUCGCUCGCGGCUUCCCAGCUCCGUCUCUGCACGCGAGUCCCGGCAGCGAUUCUUCUCAUUCCCGGCUCUAGCCAGCGCCAGCUGCCAAAGCAAAGUCCCCCCCUGCGGCCACCAUUUUCUCCGGCCCGAAGCAGGAAACUGUUGCCCUGGGCAAACGGGCGGCGGCCGCAUCCCUGCCGAUGGUGCUCUCUCCCUGGGGGGAUCGGUGCUCCUGCAGUGGCUCGGCCAGGUGGCUUCGGAGGAUGCGCUCAUCCAUCCUUCCCGGGCGGCUCUUGCCACGUCCGCUCCAGGGCUCUCGGGUCCGUGGAGCCUCCCCUGGAGCCCCCGAGCUUCUGUAAGGCCCAGGACCAGGGCCCGGCGGGCCCAGUGAAACAGUCCCCAGCCUGCAGGGAAGGCGGAAGCCACAGCUGGCCGUCACCAGCCAGUCGGGGGGCUCGUCGGAGAUGCCCGUCUCGUGCCGGUGCUUCCUCUUCCGGGCUUUCAAGGCACAGAGCAGGGCACGAGGCCCGGAAAUGAGGGGCUCGUCCAGCUCUUGGCGGUUACGAUGGCCAUUCCCAAACCAUUUGCUCCAGCGUCCGGCCUCGCUCGCUCAGAGGCUCCGGCCGAGCCUUCAGCCUUCCUGCGGAGCUCGCGCUCUGCAAGGGUUUCCUUUUAUGCUUCUUUUUCGGAAAACUUGUGCAAAGUCAACGGCUCGUUUCCCUGAAGGGCAGCGGCGGCAGCUCUUCUCCCGUGUAAAUAGUGUGCCCUGCUCUGCCCGCUGAACGAUCACUCCCGUGUUCUGCUCAGUCGUGUCCACGCCAACCAUUUGUCCAAUAAAUGUUUCUCCACAGCC